UCCAACUUUGAUGGAAAUCCAAAUUUCCAUUAAAAUUCCAGGCAAAAAAAAAUCAAAACAAAGAGGCAUGACGAACAUUUUAAAGGAAUUAAAAUACGAUUGCAGGGUAAGCUCGGUGCUUAAUCGCAACAACAAGGAAAAUGGCAAAAAGUAUCUUUUUGACGACUCGGAUGAGACUUGUUGGAGUUCCGAUUCAGGCACACCACAAUUCAUCUUGCUGGAUUUCGAGUCGGUAGUUCCAGCGAUUAGCGGUGUAAAAAUACAAUUUCAGGGAGGAUUUGCCGGCAAAGAUUGCACAAUGAUUCUUUCAAAGGCUGACGGAACAGAGGAAAUUAAACAAGACUUUUUCCCUGACGACAUAAACAAAGCUCAAGUAUUCAACCUUAAGGAAUCCGUGGAAAAUGUUAAGAGCAUACGAAUUGUGUUCGAAAGUAGUUUUGACUUUUUCGGAAGGAUUGUGAUAUAUAGUCUGGAAAUUUUAAGAUAAAAAAAAACAAACUAUAUUAUCUCAUCUAUGUAUUUUAUUUCUGUCUCUAAGUAAAUUUUUGCUAGAUCUAUUUAAUAUGUAAUAAUAAUGUAUGUCAUCAAUUAGUUUAUUUACGUUUAAAAUUUAAAAGUAAAUCAAUCAUCAGCAUUUUUUUUAAAUUUAUGUUUAUAUUUGUCGUCCUCAAUUUU